AUGGAGUUUAUGAGUGAUAUUAGUUCGGGAGCUGAUGUAUAUCGUCCUUCGUUAUUCGAGCUCAUUGCUCAAGAAAAACUAAAGGAAAUGAUUCAACCAGCCUCGAAAUAUAUUUUAUCGGUUUAUGCACAAAGGCAUCCAAGAUAUUUACUGAGGAUAGUAAAUUGGUAUGAUGAAUUGUAUACUGUCAUCAUGCUGUUUAUCGAAAGACAUUAUCUGAAGGAAUGGG